AUGAAGCUCAUUGCUACCUCUAUCAUUGCCGCGGCAGCUUUCUUCGGUGCCAAUGCAGCCCCAGCUGAAGCUCCUCCUGCUGCCUCCUCAUCCAUCGUGACGAGAAUCUUUGGACCUGAGCCCACCGGUGUCCACGACACAAAGGUUGUAAAAGUCGGUCAGGUCGCCACAGUCAAAGGUGAUGGUCGUAGCUGUCAGGAGUGGAGGGCAAAGCAGAGAGGAGACGGCGUUGCCGUGCCAUACUGCGCUCAAUGGGACGAGCAUUCGGAUCACAAGGGCGUAAGUGUUUCACUUACCGCAGAUCAAUCGAUGUAGACUAAGAUUGGGGUCCUCAGAACUACGCCAUUAUUGGCGCUCAAGUACUCCGCGGCACUUGUUCUAUUUGGACCACCUACAUGAUGCUAGAUUAUGUCGGUGCUAAAUGCGAUGUGGUCCUGAACACUGCCGGUAAAUACGUGCCGCUCGAGGAGACCCCCUACACCAACGACGCUUUGGAACCAAGAGUAGCCCUCGAGGCCGGUCAAUCGCCCAAUGCUGAUAAACCGGCCGUGCAAAACGUCGAUGUCGAUGAGCUGGAGACUGAAAACGGCAAAGCAUGCGCUACCUGGGAUGUCUUUGGACAUGGAGGCGUGUAUGAACCGCAGUGCACGCAGUGGAACAUUACCAGAGAACACCCCCAGGUAAGGCGUUCCGAGCACAAAGCAUAAUCGACGAAGUUGACCCCCUUCCUAGCCCUACCGCAUCGUCUCCCAGCAACUCGUUUCGGGAACUUGUCACAAGUGGACUGUCCGUUUCCAACGCGAUACUGUCAUCCCCUGGUGCCAUGGAGAUCCACGCGACGAGAGGAUCACUAAGCGCGGCGACGGCUCCUCAGGCUAUACUGACGGCCUCACCGACCCUGCAGACCUCAUGGACAACGACGAAGAAGACGAACACCCAGGCGACAGCAUUUUCAACACUUAUACGGCUCAUCCGGGCACAUCAAACAUUGAAAAGCUCGAAGUCAAAGACAAAGUAUGCCAGAAGUGGAAAGUCAAGAAACUAGACGAGGCACCAAAGCCACCGUUGUGGUAUAGAUACCACCAGCAUUUCAAGCCGGAGUGUGCGAAAUGGAAAAAGGGAAAGGGAUACGGACACCAGGUACGUUCGCCGUCUCGUCCUCCGCGUGAGUCUCCUCCGAGUCCGUUUUUUACUGAAUGUCCACCUCUUCUUCCUGGCAGACCUACAACAUCGCCACCGUGACCAUGCACCACGGCAACUGCGCCGACGACCUCUGGGAUAUCAGAGAACGCCAGCACUACGUCGAACCCGUCUGUUCCGACUGGCUGCUCGAGGACUCCUACGCCGGAAGCGACCAGAUGGACGGCUACACGGUCCCCUGGAAGCGGAGAGAGCCGGGUGUAGCUUAUUGCAUUGGCGAGUGUGGCUUUUGGCGGGCGUUCUCGCUCAAGCGCUGUCCAGACCAGCCCUGUUACGUCGAGAAGCACCCCAUUGGCGCUCGCGCGGCUCCUGGCGUCGAGGCUGUUGUGGAGAAGGGAUCGGAUGUGGUCACUGGACGGGAGGGACAUCUGAAGAGAUCCUUGUGGCCCGUCAUCGACUACUUCGUGUACCCCUGGUUUACCCAAGCCGUAACCGACGAACUUGGUAACAAGCGCUCCCUUUCUGGAGCACCGCAGGAGUGA